GUCAGGUGGGACUUGAAUAUGCCGGGGUGGCUUGUGGGUUGGAACUUGGACCACAGACUUGGACUUUAAGCAUAUGUGUGGAAGUGAGUGCUACUGUGCUGGUGAUAGAGCAAAGAUACUACUCUGUAGAGUCGUGCUAGUGACUAGUCCGGUAGUCCCUACUCCCUAGCGAGAGUGCUAGAGUGACCACUGGCCAAUGUCGUUAGAGUAAAAUAUAACAUAAUAAAUUAUUAUACUGUGCCAUACACAGAGUAUUUUAUAAUAUUUAUAUUUUAUUUACUUUUAGUUGUGCUGUGGCCUGAGCAGUACAGUGUCCUACAAACACAGUGUUAAUAAUACGGAAAUAUAUUUAUUAUUUUUUAUCUAAUACAGUACGCAGAUAUCGUGUUCUUCUUAGUCGUUAAAAUUAUUAUAAUUAUUUAAUUUUCAAACGAUAACCACUAUAAAAAUACCUUGCCUUUUUAAUUGUUUGGCUUUCAUUAUUUAUUUAUUAUUUCAUUUAUUUAUUUUGCGCUGCUAAAGAGAGCUCCAAAACCAUGGUUGAAGCGAGUAAGUUUUUGUUUGAAAGAGCGUGCAGUUCCUGUGAUUGUAGCACCUUGAUACAUCCCUGGACUCAAAAAUGUUCAGAUGCAACAUUUUCCAUGCUUUUCAACUGUAUAAAAGGAAGUUACAAAUUCUAUGCGAUGGUAUACAUAAUUCAAAUUCUUAUGAAGGGCAAGAUACUUACUAGGAAAGAAAUGAUUGAACAAUUCAAAUUAUACCUUAAAUCUGGAAUAUUUGGGCUCACAGUAGGCAGUUCAUUUGUCACAUUAAAUUGUAUAUUUAGGAAGCUAUUCUUCAGUCAAUUUUCAUACUACACUACUGUACUGCUGCCGUGUACUAUCAGUGGCUUGGCAGUGUACUUUGAACCACCACAUAGAAGAAUUCUUGUCAGCAACCUGUUCACAAAUUUGGUCUUCGAGUACGGGAUAAGAACAGCUCAAUUCAAGGGAUGGCUGCGGUUGUCUUCAGGGCGGGAGACAUUGCUGUUUAUGUUGGGUAGUGCGCUAUUCUUCUAUCUCAUGCGGUUAGACAGAGACAACGUGAAACGGACGCCAUUAUUCUGGUUUUUCACGCCUCCUCGGGUUUCUAAAGAAGAGGGCAAGCCUGUUGAGGGCAUUCACGGCAGGAGUGAAGCGUGUCCUCACAAAGGACCUUGUAUGAAUUAUAUUGCGAAGGGUGCUGCUCAACUAUUUAGCGUUGGUCUUCUGAUGACUUGCGUAAGAACGAUACUACCGAGAAUAUUGACACCAAAGAAAGCGUUGAAGUCCCUGAAAUUCUCCCACCUCAAGCUGGGAAUCUUUUUCGGCGGAUACAUUGGGCUAUACCGGUUGAUAGUGUGCCUGCUAUGUCGGUCGACGGGCAAGGACAGCGCGCUACACGCCCUGCCGGCAGGUUUCGUUGCCGGCGCCGCUUUCAGGGCGUCACCUUCAUUGCCGAUCGCAUUGGCGCCUGUUACAUCUUCCUUACAGAUAAUCAUAUCGUGGGCGUAUCAGAGAGGAAUGAUACCGGCUCAGUGGCCACUCGUCGAGCUGCUGUACUGCGUGUGCCAGGGUAUACUGUUCCAUGCGCGGGUGAUGCAUGAAGAUGUAUGCCCCCGCUAUAUCGUGAACCUGAUGCAUACUGUCACCACUAACAAAGCGGACGAAAUACAAUCUGCGUUCAUCAAGAAAAUAGUAGCCUUCGGAAAUUGAUAAUAUUAGUUACGAGCUUAGAUUAUUUAUACGUCUAGAUAGACUAUGACAGUUGUGAAAACGUCGAAAAAAAAAUUUAAUUUAGAACUAGGUUAGUUAUUUUUAUUUUGAGCAAUUCACGCACACAAACACAAAGGGUCAUACAAAUCGCGAGUGUAAAACAUAGCUUGUCACGCACACUAAACUAAUAUUCCUGGCCUGUUUUUAUCGAUUGUCUAACAGUAAGAGACUAUCUAGACGUAUAAAUGAUCUAUGGUUGCAGUAGUGAUUUAACAUAUAGUGCCUGAAAGCACGAAUCUGUGAUUUAAGUAAUGAAUGAUAUUAGUGAAGGUAGAUUAAGAAAAGUUGCAAUAUAAUGUGGGUUGUUUUUUUUUAUUAGUAGUAACAAAAUGUCAUUUGCUCACGCGUCUUAGUAUGAUUUAAAAAAAUAUUCCUAAAAUAUUAAUGAACUAUUAUUAUUUAUCAUGUUAAGUUCUUUUUUAAAUAGUCGCCUUUUUAUGUGGUGGAUGGUGAAAUGGUGUUUGUGGCUAACGGGGUUUAGCUUUAAUUUUGACUACUCAUUUUAAGUGAACAAUUAUUAUUACUAACAAUUUGAAUUACGUACAAAUUCGGUGUAAUUCACAUAACUCAUUAAUUUCUCGCAUUUAUCAUAUUGAUAUGUCUGUGUACUGGAGUGGGGGAAAUCGGAUCGGGUGAGCGGUAAAUGACCGUACAGUCCGCAACCCCCCUUCGAUCCAAUAAAGGGGCAGCGCCCACCUAAGUAACUUAAAACGUUUUUUUAGACGGAUGUAAAAUCCAGCGUUCCAUCAGGGGCCACCUUAGAGUGAGCAUGGUUUCCAUCAUUGGAUUGUGUUUCGGCCACACGGAUGUCAUCCGCGCGCCAUUAUCUUAGCGAAUCAGUCGCGAGUAAACUUUUGACGUGAAAACAUCAUAUCGUAUUGCAUGGAAUGGCUUUGGUAAUGGCUCCUUUGUCUAUGCUUCAAAAAAUCUUUAUAAUUUUAGAGUAAAUUUGUUUCAAUAAAUUGAGACUACAGAUUAGGUUCAGAAGAAGGAAGAGACUUCUUUGAGCCUAGCCACUAAUACUAAUGAUUCAAAUUAAAUUACAAUACAUAUUAUAUAAAUCAUACAAGAAUAUGUCUUGUUUUAUAUCUUAUUCUUUUAAUUAGUAUUUAUUAUGGACAUGGUCUUCAUGCGACAUUUUAGUCUCAAAUACGUGCGGACUCACUACUUGUUGCAGCGCAACUGUCUUUGUUACAUAUAAUCCGCCGGCUAAACGGAUGAAAUCUAGAUAUGGGGAAAAAUGUGAAUUUCCUGUCACCGUGACUGUUGUUCAAGUUCCAUAAAAGUCACUGUGCAAAAUCGCCGUGACUUUGUCAAUUCGAUUCCAAUGUCGUCAUAGCUCGGUAGAGCUCCGUUAAUAACAGUGAUGAUACUCGGUAUCUAGUAAUUUUUGUUUGUACUUAUUAUACUUCGAAAGUUCUGUUUAUUGUGUUAAAACAGUACCUAAUUCUUUAAAUAAUUUUUAUGUAUUAUAAAUUAUUAUUAUACUUCCGGAUGUUCAAUAGAUUCAUAAACGGCGGUUCUAACCUAGUACAUUAUUAAAAUUAGCCUCUAUUAUACAAAUAAUUCAAUAUUUGGAUGACAUGUCCAGUCUACAUGGAUGGAAUCAAGCAAGGUCAGCUUUGAUGCGACACUGGAUUACAUCCGACUAGAAAAGGCUUAACGCGUGAUCUGACGUGUGCUGUGACGCGCAACUUGUCACUCGGCUUAAUAUUCAAAGAGGUUGUAUGUAGCCGAGCUCAUUCACGUGGCGCUGUAUCCUGUAUAACUGACGUGCCACUUAGAAGUCUUGUCCAGAAGGGGCGAAUUCGUCGCGAAUAACUCGCGCGUAACAAGGUGCUACUAUUUAAGUGGCGCGUAACACGUAAAUAGUAGUGACUUGUCUAAGCGAAAGGAAAGACGCCCUUGCUUUUAAUAUUAAAUUUAUUGAGUUAGUUUCCAUUCUAUGAAAUGUCUGAAACCUGUUUCGGUAUAAUUCGAAUUCCUUCAUAACAUUGAAAGUAUCACCAAAUUUAAUUUUUUUAUUUACAAAAGAUAUACCCGAUAUAUUCUACGUGAACUUGGAAUGUUUAUAAUCUGUAGCAAAGCAUGGACAUCUUCGUCCUCGUCAGACGACAUUUCUGAAUCAAACUGAAUUCUGUAACAGUGUCACGCGUGGUCACGUCAGAGCAUCCUCAGAAUCUUGCUGUAAGCCAUGUCGAAAUCAUGUAUCUUAGGUGGGCUAACAUACAACCCAAGGAUGGCAUAUGAAGCUGCUGUUAUCAAUAAAAAAAGCUCGUACACUUUCCCCUUAAAAGCCGGCAACGCUCCUGUCAUUGCUCUGGUGUUGGAGGAGUGGGUGACCCUUGUUUGUCCUCCUCUUCCAUAACAAACAAUCAGGUGGACUAUUUUCCGUCACUUGUCUUAUAUAAUUUUCAUAUUAUGUUAAUACUCUUCAAUAGUCAACUAGGGAAUGUACAUCGUGAUGAAUAUUUAUAUGAACUCCUCUUCUAUUUAAAAAUAACAAGUUCAGAAGGAAUAACUUUCUGACAAUACUAAAACAUAGGAGAAAACAGUAACAUUGUGAUGGUGCUAUGAAACUUACACUAUAAGUUUACUUAAGACAGGCAGAUAAGGCAAUAUUAUUCAAAUAGAUUUAUAGACGAGGAUAGCUAAUUGUUUUUUUUUUAUAUUAUAUUAUGUUAAGUAUCAGUAACUAAAACUACCAUUAUAUAGUAAUAAAAAAAAGUGUGUGUGUGUACUUAUGUAUGCACGCAAGAAGUUAUACUUCUUUGGCCUGAAAAAGCAAAAAUCCUUAUAAUUAUUUACUCCUCGUGCUAUUCUACGUUUGUAGAAAGAACAAUAUUGUAACAAUCGUGCAACGAUGGCUUUGACAAUUAAUUAUAAAAUAACGAAUACGGCUGUAUGGACUUGAACCCUUUGCCUAUACUAAUAAUGGACGAAGAAACCAAAAUAAAAAAACUGAUGUCGCAAAUGUCAGAAAAUUUUAGGAACCAACUUCACCCUGCUACUACAUUUGUGUUACAGCGAUGCGCGCGCAUCUUAAAAUUUCACUCUCAUCACUUUUUCAUAACGCGCCUAAAGAAGUAUAACUUCAAAAAUAGAAGUAUUACUUUAUUUCUACAUCCGUAGAACGGGUUAAUAAAAAUUCCACUGACCAAUGAUUCAUUUUGAGUUCUGCAUUUACAAGAAAGGACUAUUGCCAUAUUAUUUCAGACACUAAUUUUAGAAUAUUAUAAUAUUUGAACGUGUGAAAUAAAACAAAUUAUGUAUAUGACAUACUAAGCAAAGCAAUCCUAAUUAAUAAAAAUGUAAGCUUACAAAAUGUUUUGUUCUAUUCUAUUCUUCCUACCGUGGGUUUUGUGGAGGAUAUACCGCAAUGAAGCCAGUGUCAAAAUAUGUUGUUAUUACACAAAAUAAUUUACUCGGAUUUAGCAGACUUUUUUAUUUUUCUAUUGACAUAAGCCGUGUUAUUGCUAUAUAACUGCACUGUAUUGCACAAAUGGAGAAUGCUAAGCUUACAUUAAGGAUUGGUGUCUGCUGUGCUCCAUCUAGAUGCCGCAGGCGUAGUCGCAAAAUGCGGCAACUAAUACUACGCCCAAGUAGGCGUACUCGAGCCAGUCUCGAACAAUGUGUGACGUUGACGUGCCACAUGUUCUGUUGAAUUUGUUAAUAAUUGAAAGUAAAAUGCCGCCGGGUUGCGUAGUAACACUUUGUAAAAAUAAUACUACAAGUAAUAAGAAAGACACUGAGAUCACAAACAAUCAGUAUUUUGUAUUUUAUUAAUUUCAAUGUAAAAUAACAGGAAGCAUAUGUUACAAAAUUUUAAAGAUGCCACGAUUAGUUGCCGUAAUAAAUUGUUCUUAGGUAGUGCGGUAUCUAGUUGGAGCGCAGCAGAGACCAAUCUUUACUCUAAAGUGCUAAGCUAUGUUUGAUAUUCCCACAUCAGUAUCACUAACAUAAAUAUGGUCCUUGUACGGACGCUAGUUGCCACGUCAAAUAUAUCGAAACCUAAGUUCCAAAGAUAACAACUAAUUAUGUAAGUUUGAGAAGUAUGAGAAAUUAUUCCAUAUUCCAUAGACACGCAAGUCGAAAGUGAAUGCAGUUUAGUUCUUACUUCCAACAUAUUAAUUUCAUAAGUCUAUGAUAUUUUCGUUCCAAUAACAAAUCCAGUCCAAAUAACAAUCCAGUAACAAAUCGAGCCAUUUUUUUAAUUUUGUUUGAGAACCUUUUUCUGAAUUGUUACUCUUUGAAACUGAGGUAUCGAUAUGUAAAGGCAAUUUUAGUUUAUCGUAUUAUUCCAUACCUCACUUAACAUUUAAGAAUAAUAAGUAUAAUGUGAAAAGGAUGGCUUCGUUACAUGUUCUAAACUUAAUAGAUUGAAGCCCUUUACUAAAUAAUGACGCUUGUUACAAACCAAGUCAACCGCACAUGUACAAAUAUUAUAUUAUCUUGUGUAGUAAAGAGUUACUGAUAAGAAUUUCCAUAUUUUAUUUUUGUUAUUGUAAUAUUAUUUGGAAAUAGAUAAUUUUAUAUUGA